CACUUCACCUCUUCACUCCAAGCUUGCUUAGCUAUCUUUCCUGCUUCGCUCCGCCAUGGUCGUGUCACGACUUUAUGUCAACGACUGAAAAUGGCCGCCCCUAAUGCUCUCCAAAGAAUGGAGCGCUCCCAUUACUCUCCGCCAUGGGCCAACACGAGCAUCAUUGGCGUUGCCGGCAGCUCCGGUUCGGGCAAGACCUCGCUUGCUCUGGCUAUCAUCAAGCAGAUGAGCCUGCCUUGGGUUGUCAUCUUGUCAAUGGACUCGUUUUAUCGACCCCUCACUCCGGAUCAGAUCGCCGCAGCCAACAGGAACGAGUACGAUUUCGACUCACCUGACGCCAUCGACUUUGAUGUUUUGGUUGAAAGACUGAAAGACAUCAAGGAAGGAAAGAAGGCUGAGAUCCCUGUCUACUCAUUCGAGAAGCACUCUCGUCUAGAUAAGACUACAACGAUCUACUCCCCUCACGUGCUCAUCCUCGAGGGUAUCUUUGCUCUCCAUGAUCCGCGCGUGCUUGAUCUUCUCGACCUGAGGAUCUUCUGUGAGGCAGAUGGAGACCUCUGUCUCUCACGAAGACUCGUUCGAGAUAUCAAAGAACGUGGCCGCGACAUCGAAGGUUGCAUCAAACAAUGGUUCGCCUUUGUCAAGCCAAACUUUCACAAGUUUGUCGAGCCUCAACGCAACGUAGCCGACAUCAUCGUGCCUCGUGGCAUUGAGAACAAGGUCGCUAUCGAUAUGGUGGCCGACCGUAUCCACAAGACUCUCGACAUGAAGUCCGCGGAGCAUCAGUCCGAGCUGAAGCGCUUGGGCAAAGAAGCCAAGGACCUUCCCCUGUCGCCUAAUGUCGCAGUUCUGGAUGGCCCAUCGCAAAUCACAGGCAUCAACACUCUGCUCAGCGGCCCAGAGACAACGCGCGAAGACUUUGUGUUCUACUUCGAUCGUCUCGCUGCUUUGCUAGUCGAGCGCGCAACUGAGAACGCCGACUUCGAUGCCGUCACUGUCGAGACACCUCCCCCUCGCAGCCACUCUUACAACGGCUUGCGCAUGUCUGGUGAAGUUAGCGCUGUUGUCAUCCUUCGUGGUGGCAGCAUUCUCGAGACUGGUCUAAGACGCGUCAUCCCUGACUGCCGUACUGGUCGCAUGCUCAUCCAGACCUCCCCUCGUACUGGCGAGCCUGAGCUACACUACUUCAAGAUGGCUGGCGAUGUGUCGACACACAAUAAAGUCCUGCUGUUGGACCCGCAAAUGUCAAGCGGUGGUGCAGCUCUCAUGGCCGUUCGCGUUUUGCUCGAUCACGGGGUGGAAGAAAGCAGGAUUGUCUUCGUCACCUAUAUCGCUGGCAAGAGAGGUCUGAAUAGACUGAUGACCGUCUUCCCCGAUAUUCACGUCGUUGCCUGCAGGAUUGUCGACGACUACGAAGAGAGAUGGGUGGAGAACAGGUACAUGGGCUGUUAGACGCUCGUGCCUGCUGUACAUACCUACAUAUAAAUCAUACGCUUGCUCCUACUGCCAAUCUUCUCACCGUUCUAGUAUACUACAAAGAGUUCUUACCAGGUGCACCAGAAUUCCAAGCCACACUGACACACGUUCAUACACCUAUAACUGAGU